AAUCUGAGUGAAAAUCAAACUAUUUUAAUAACAACCCUCUCCCGUUGUCGAGCCAUUAUACUGUACUCUGUCUGAGAUAAUCUGGCGACACUACUCGCCUCUUACAGACCAUGUUUGCCUGUUCAGCGACAUCCACUCCAUUCUCUGUAAAGGAUAUUUUAAAUCUACAGCAGCGACCAGAGAUAGCGCCUCUGCCCAGAUCGGCUGAUUUGGAGUCUAUCCCGUUUCCUGCAUCGUGUAUCAUCGGGAGGAUCAAACACUCCUGCGGGGAAACUGACCCUCAAGCGCCUUUCAUCGACUCCCUGAGCCACUCAAACCCGGGCAGGAACCAGACAAACUAUUGCAGCGUUUUACCGGCAGAUUACUUGGAAAUGGACAUAGACAACAGCAACAACAGCAGAGAAGCCAAGACAAGCAAUGGAUGUAGCGGGAAAAGUGAAAAAGAGUGCCGCUUGGUGGAGAAGGAAGGGAAGAAAGUGUUGGAAGUGGAGCGUCCCAGGCGGAGGAGGCGCAAACCAAGAGUGCUCUUCUCUCAGGCUCAGGUCUAUGAACUGGAAAGGCGCUUCAAGCAGCAGAAAUACCUGUCCGCCCCUGAGAGAGACCAUCUGGCCAACCUGCUCAAGCUAACCACCAACCAGGUCAAGAUCUGGUUCCAAAACCGCAGGUACAAGUGUAAAAGGCAGCGCCAGGACAAGUCACUGGAGAUAGGUGGACUUCCAGGUCCUAGAAGGAUCUCAGUGCCAGUGCUGGUCAGGGAUGGGAAAUCGUGCCUAGCUGAUCCUUCACCUUACACUUCACAGUACAACAUGAAUAUCAGCCCUUACGCCUAUGGCACUUAUCCAAACUAUGUCAACUACACCAAUGGGGCUUCCAACGCCAACUACAGCUGCAACUACCCUGGGGUGCAAGCCAUUCCCUCCUCCACAUCACAGAGUGGUUUCAUGCACAUGAAUUUUGGUGUCAAUGACUUGAACCCUGCUGUUCAGACUCAGAUCCACCAGAAUAGCGGUGUCUCCACAAUGCAUGGCAUCCGACCCUGGUAAUGCCAACCUUAAUCUACAUUGUUUCGCCCACAAAAUAUACAGUCAAUUCACUUUUUAC